ACCGACCGUCCAUAUCUUGCAGUUAGAACAUCCACGGGGAAACUUUUUGAAAGAUAACAAAUGGUCCAACAUAAUUUGGCGCUAACUUAGCCGAGAAUUGUUCCGUUGCAUCUGGCUGAGGGAAAUUCCUUCGAAAGACCUUGUCACCCACAUCUUAAGUAACAGAACGGCGUCUUAGGGUGGAAUUCAUAGAUAUUACUUAAGUUAGACUUACACUUUGCUAAUUGCAUAAAUAUGCAUACUUAGUUUAGUUUAAGUGGAACUUAUAUUUACUGCUAGUAUUCCUACUUAACUGUCCGUAUUUGGUGCAUUACUAUAGCACUAAUGUCAUGCGUCACUUUAGCAAAUAUUUCUUUGAAUACCAAAAUGUUGCUAAGUACCCGUUAAGUAUGAGUAAAUUGUAACUUAAGUAAUAUCUAUGAAUCCAUAGAUCAUAUUGACGUUUAGUCCAAAAGUUCGGAAUAAACCGACGGUACCACGAUGCAGUUCCUAUCAAACCUCGGACCUCAGAAACCUUAGUUGGUGUAGAUAGAUUAAGAAUGGCGGAGGUCUUCACCUGAUCGACUUGGAGUCCCUAUUCAUUGACGACGUACCCCAGGUAUUUUAGGUCAUUCCGACAAAAUUGGCACUUCUCCCUAUUCAGGAUUAGAGUAAGAGCUGUCAACGGUCUAGAAUCGUCGGCUAGAGGGAUCUGCCAGUAAGUCGACCUUACGUUCAAACAAGUUAGAAAUCCGGCAUAUCGUCGAGGAUCUAAAGUGUUCGAAAUGAACAGCAAAGGAUAGGCGUCGCGCCUAGCAACUUUAUUGAGCUGACGAAAGUCGACACAGAAUCUUCAUGGUCCAUCCUUUCUUUUGGUCAUUACAAUCGGGCUACUCCAAGGACCAGUCGAGGGUUCGACAUAUUUGACACAAUUCCCAUGAAGAAAUCCACCCCCCUAGUAUUAAAGAAUGGCCCAAGGUUGGGACAACUAACAAAUCGAUUAUCUUAAACGUCUCCUUCAGUUUAAUCUGAACUCGCAGAACCUCCACACGCGCACACGACUGACCAAUUGCAACAGUAAUAUUUGAGAAUUCGGACUUUAAUAAUGACAACCCUGCAAUUCUUAAAAAUUUCCAGCAUGGAUCGGAAGCGAGAACAGUCACGAAGUGUAACAUCAAGAUUACCACACUUAAAGCAGUGGUUUGCCGCAGACUCGAGACAUCGGGCAAUUCCAGCAAUUAACCCCAUUAGGGUUAGACCCAGUCCUCGAAUUCAACGCACUCGCACAGGAACUGCGACGAGAUGGCGCUUGAUAAUUAUCGAACCGAUAUUUGAUCAACUGUAAUCUACCUCGGUACGAUAUCCAGUUGAAUGUUAGCAGAUACGUCCUCAUAUCGAAAGAAUGUAUUCAUACAAGAGAAAUGUUCUAUAAACGGAUCGUUGGGACCUAGGACCCUAGCAGGUAUGUCAUUGCGCGGAUGUUUUUUCUGGCGAUAUGUAAUUUGCAUACUAUUCGGAUUUCAAAAGUUACUUGGAAUGGAAUACAACACGGAAAUUGACCUCGCUCAUCCUCCUCUCGGCGAAGAGAUUGUCAUUACCGGGAUGGCGGGAUGCUUUCCGGAAUCGAGUAACGUGUACGAGUUUGCCGCUAAUCUCUACAACAAGGUCGAUAUGGUUACCGCCGAUGAACGACGCGGACGGCGAACGUGUGCGGACGUCCCCGAACGUCUUGGAAAAAUUCCCAUCAUUAACCAAUUUGACGCCGGCUACUUCGGGGUGUGCCACGAAGAGGCCGAUCAGAUGGACCCGAAGCUUCGAAUAAUGUUUGAGAAAACCUACGAGGCGAUCGCCGACUCCGGGUACGACGUUCGAGAGUUAGCCCACAAGAGGGUGGCGGUUUUGGUGGCCAACUCCGACUCGGAUACUGAGGAUAGGGCGCUCUUGUUCCCUUGGAGGCGGCCGAACUUUGCCGUGACAGGGUGCUGUCGUUCAAUGUUUGCGCAACGAAUCAGUUAUCGUUUUCAGUUUGCGGGGCCCUCGUACAGUCUCGACACAGGGUGCAGUAGCGCGUUGCACGCUUUGGAACACGCGUAUCGCGCCAUGAGGGAGCAGAGGUGCGACCAUGCGAUUGUCGUCGGCGGACAGUUGUGCUUAAACGACAUCACGACCCUUAGCUUCGUCAGGCUCAAGAUGGUCGGUGCGCGGGGUACCUGCAGGGUUUUCGAUGAGAAAGCCGACGGAUACGUGCGUUCGGAGGCGCUUGCGGCCAUUCACGUGCAAAAGGCCAGAGAUGCGCGACGAAUUUACGCACAAGUGGUCCACGUCAAAACCAAUUGCGACGGAUAUAAGGAGCAAGGACUCAUCGCGCCUUCAACAGAAAUGCAACGGGAACUGUUUGAAGAUCUCUACAGUGAUUGUAAGAUUAAUCCAGCUUCCAUCGAUUUUGUGGAGGCCCACGGUACGGGAACUCAGAUUGGAGAUGAACUGGAAUCGUUAGCCGUCGAGGCAGUGUUUUGCAAGAACCAAAAGAAACCGCUGCUGAUUGGUUCGGUUAAGUCAGCUGCUGGUCACACGGAACCGGCCAGUUUUUUAACCUCGCUUGUCAAAGUCCUUUUGGCAAUGGAACGCGAUCAGAUUUCCCCAAAUAUUCACUUGGAAACUGCGAGGAUUUGCAUCGAAGCCCUGGCUAGAGGGAGGUUUAAAGUUCCUAUUGAGGUGACGUCUUGGCCGGAAAACGGCACGGGACUGGUCGCGAUUAAUAGCUUCGGAUUCGGAGGCUCAAACGCGCAUAUUCUCCUUAAACGGUUCGAAAAACGCAAGUCAGAGGGGGAUAGUCUACCUCGCAUAGUGUGCGUGAGCGGUCGCACGGAGCAGGCCGUUGGAGAGGUUCUCCACGAUAUUAGGAGUCGUAAGCUUGACGCUGAGUUUUGCGGAUUAGUCCAGCGCGCGCUUAAGGACGCCCAUCACCACCGGGGGUUUAUUAUUCACUCGCAACUGGGCGAAAUCCAAAGCGCCAUGGGUGUGCGCCAAAGACGCGAGUACUGCCUGAUCUUUUCGGAUGCGCCCGCUGAAAUCGUGGAGAUUGGGAAGAAGUUAUACGAACUGAAAGCCUUUGGGGACGCCAUACGAAGGGUGGAUGCAUCGCUGGAAGAGCUUGUCGCAGGAGGGCGCGUGCCAGGUCCCAAAUUGGCGCGUGUAAGCUUAACGAUUCAGCUGUCAUUCGUAGAUUUGCUGAAGGAGGUUCAUCUUCCGAUCAAGGGACGUGCUGUUGCCUACGCAAACGGGGAGCUCACUUUAGAACAGGCCGUUUCAAAUAGAAGCGGAGAAGCCCGUCUUAAAAAUCCCCAAGACCUUAUCGUGAUCUCUUUCGGAUCAACAGCAAUGACUUUUGCUUCCCAAGUGAAUAUUUCCGUUGACCGCCCAGUUGUCGCCCUCUUGGAGUUAUUGGGAGAUGCUUACCUGAUGGGGUAUACUGUACAUCCCGACCGUCUGUACCCUCCUAUGAGUUGGCCAGUCGGCAAAGGCACGCCGAUGAUUUCGCCCUUAAUCAAAUGGAAUCACGACACCGAUUGGUAUACAGUUUUACAAACCCCGCGACCGUCCGAGCACAAAGUGAGCGUUCAGAUUAAAGAUACGGUCUGGUCUUGUUUGCCCGGCUACAAAAUUGAUGGGUUGCCUUCGUUCCCGAUGACCGGCUACCUCUACAUAAUAUGGGAGAGGUUCACGAAAAUGAGGAACAUUCCACUCGAGAACUCGUGCGUCUCCUUUCAAAAUGUCAAGUUUCGUAAUGCUGCCCAUAUUUCCAAAACCUUUGGUGACGUCUACGUCCAAAUUUCGAAAAUAACUCACAAAUUUGAGCUUUACGACUCGGGUACGCUUAGCGUUACGGGAAGCAUCUCCACGGUGGAGAACUGGCGUGGAGGGGUUCCAGGUGAUUUUCAAUUGGGAAACGUAGACGAUCGCUUGUAUACACAGGACAUUUAUAAAAAGCUACGUUUACGUGGCUAUAAUUACUCUGGGGCGUUCUGUGGAUUGGUAGAGUCUGACAUCUUCGGCGGUGUAACCAAACUGAAAUGGGGGUCCAACUGGGUGACCUUUGUCGACGGAUUGUUGCAAGCGAAGCUUCUUCACGAAGACACGCGAGAGCUUCACUUGCCAACCGUAAUCGACGAUCUGACAGUCGACGCAUCGAAGUUAUCGGAUUAUCCGGCAGGUGCAGACCACGCGCUGGUUCACUGUCGCACUGCCGGUAUUAUCGGCUCUCAGUGCGUCGACCUGCGUGGACUUUCCACAAUGGCGGUUCCAAGGCGAAAGUGCCCCAAACCGGUUAUCGAGACCUACACGUUCGUGCCUUUACAAGUUGAGCUACCGACGGAGGUGACCGUGCGCGUUUUUGUGCAAAUAUACCUCGAAAGCUCCCACACGCUUCAUGUGAAAGUUGUUGAGGUCGGCGAGGGAGACCUGGCGCCCUUCUUCGAGCAGGCGCUCGACCAUCACUCGCUCGUGACGAGCACGAUUGCCAAAUCGAGCAACCUGGAGAACCAUAACCAGUGCGGCAUUAUUGUGGUGAGCGAAGCAUCGACGAAUCCCACCAUACUUCGCAGCGCUUUGGAUUCGCUUAGGCCCGGUGGCGUUGUCAUCACCAGGGAGAAGCCGAGUUUCCGCACGUCUACUCUACCAGGUGUUACCAUCGUAUCAGUGGCGAAAACCGGAUCGGAAACGCUAGUCUUGCUGAAAAGAACCGAACAUAUUUCUACGUCAAAACUUAUCACAGUGACCAACAAACUGGACUGGCUCGCCGACGUUCAGGAGACCGUGAAAGAUGGCGAAGAAGCGCUGCUCUUGGUUUACAGUGAACCGCUCUGCGGGAUUUUGGGUUUGAUCAAGUGUUUAAGGUGCGAACCCGGCGGUGCUCACCUGAGGUGCAUUUUCAUCAUGGACCACGGGGUGCGAUUUAACCUCGGUGAUAAGUUCUUCGCCGAACAACUACAGCUCGGGCUCGCGAUUAACGUGCUCAAGAACGGCGUUUGGGGCACGUAUCGUCACCUUUUGCUCGAACAAGGAGGAAAGGUUGAGCGACAGCACAUUUUCGGCGAGUUCUCCACUCCAGAAAACCGGUCCUCUUUCAAAUGGGUCGAGGGGCCGUUAACCAUCCACGAUCAAGUUGAGCCUAAUAUGGUAAUGGUCCAGGUACACUGCGCGGCGAUUGACUUUGAUACUCGCGGGACCCCCGCCUCCAGGGACAGGUUUCCUCAAAGCAACGCGUUGGGUUUCGAGUUUUCCGGGAUAGUGCACGAAAGUGUUGAUAAUCGAGGUCGAAGAGUGAUGGGGAUGGCAGCCAACGGUGCACUUUCAACCUUGGUACUGGCAGACCGUCGGCUACUAUGGGAGAUCCCACAGGAAUGGAGUUUUGAAGAAGCCGCUUCUGUGCCAUUCACCUACGGAACCGCUUUAUACGGAAUUGUUCACUUAGCAAAAGUGACUUGUGGAGAAAGUAUCCUAAUCCAUCCAGGUGAGAGCGAAAUUGGUCACGCCGUCCUCCACGUGGCUCGCUAUUACAAAUGUGACAUUUAUACCACGGCAGACAGCUGGAGACAAAGACAAUUAAUCAGGGGGACCUUUCCGGAAAUACCAGACAACCACAUCGGUGGCUCAGGUGAUGGCUCGUUUGAAGAAAUAGUUUUAAAACACACGCAAGGAAGAGGGGUCGAUAUUGUGCUCAACUCGUGGUCAACCAAUCGGGAAGCUUCCCUACGUUGCUUAUCACGCAAAGGGCGUUUUAUUGAAAUCGGUAAAUGCGAAUCCGGGAUUGAGAUGUCAUUCCUAUCACAUGGUCGGACAAUUAGCACGCUGCCUGACCUAUUCUCCGCCCGUUGUCCUAGCUUGGACGUGGUGAACGGUCUUCUUAAGGAUGCCUUGGUUAAGGGACUAGUAAUACCCUCUCGUGUAAAAACUUGCGCACCGGACGACCUGUACCGAAACGUGGCGACCGGAAAGCUAAUCGUACAAAUACGUCCAGCACCAUUGCAAGCGUUUCCAAGGUUUUGGUGCGAUUCUCAGAUGACGUACGUCGUCAUUGGAGGUUUGGGAGGGGUCGGCCUAGAGUUAGUCGACUGGCUGGUUUUGAGAGGGGGUCAGAAGUUCGUCCUGGUUUCGCGUAGUGGAAUCGUGAAGGGAUACGCAUCGCUUCGUGUGAAGCUGUGGAGAAGUUACGGGGUAGUCGUCCGCGUUUUGACCGACGACACGACCUGUCGAGAGGGCUGUUCGUCUCUCCUACGGAACGCGGCGACUCUCGGCCCCAUCGCCGGAAUAUUCAACUUGGCGUCCGUAGUCACGGACCAUUGCUUUGAAGACCAAACAGAGGAGGGAUUCAUAACGGCCUUCACUCCGAAAGCUUACAUAACUCGUAACCUGGAUCUUGUCAGUCGUGAAUUGUGCCCCAGCUUACGACACUUUGUGGUGUUUUCCACGAUAGCGUGUGGAAGAGGCAACAUCGGUCAGGAAGCGUACGGAAUGGCUAACUCCAUAGCUGAACGAAUCUGUGAAUCUAGAAGAAAGGAUGGGUUACCAGGGUUGGCCAUACAGUGGGGGCCAAUCAUCGAAGUGGGAACAGAGGUCGGAAACCAAAGUAGAGCCGAACUUCUCUUGGGAGUCGGACAGCAAAGCAUGUCAUCCUGCCUGAGUCGCCUGGAUACAUUCCUACUGCAGCCCGAGCCGGUUGUCGCGAGCACAGUCAUUUCCAAAAAGCGCAAGGGCACGGAGGCGCCGACAACAUUGGCCACAGCAAUAAAACGGGCCCUAGGUAUAACGAGUCUAAAAACUGUCAGCGAAAAUGCAACCUUAUCAGAGCUAGGAAUGGACUCGCUUAGCUUUGUGGAGGUCAAGCAAAUACUGGAAAAGGAAUUGGAUCUGUUCUUAACAGCGCGUGAAGUCCGCGAAUUCACUUUUCACAAACUAAAGGAAUUGGUACCAGAAGCUAAUCUACAUCUUCCGAAGUGAAAGAGGAGCAAUUUAUGUAAAUUUCAGGGAGUACUUCAUGA